AUGACGGGAAAAAUAAAAAAGUAUGAAAUUUCUGUGUAUUCGUAUAAAAACCAAAUACGAAACUUAAAGAAAAGUCAACUUUAUGGAGGUGAAAUAAACAUACAACUUAUAAACGUUUUUGUUAAUGCCAUAUGUAACAUAGUGGAGUAUAUCUGCACGGAUGUAAACAAGCCAGUCUUGGCUGUCCUUCCGUUAAUUCAUUCCAUAUUGAAUUCGACAACUGUGAGGGAUAAAAAAAUACACCAGUGCACAAAAUUAAUACAUAGAACCUUAACCCAAAUAGAAAGUGAAAAUGUGAUGAAUAGUAAUGAAAAUAUAACCAAAGAGGAGACAGAAGAAAAUUAUGAAAAAAUAGUUCCACAUAAAUUAGAAGAUUUAGAAUGGAUUGCUUCUGAAACGAAUGAUAAGGGAUGGUUAACCAUUAGUGAUAGAUGGGAAUUAUGUAAAAUAGAUUUAAAGUGGUUAUGCAUAAAAACAAACAAUAGAUCAUGGCUACUGUACCGUCAUUUGUGGGAAAAUUGUUCUAAUGAUUUAAAGUAUAUAUCCGUAUUAUUUGAUGACAAACAAUGGUUACAUUUACAUAACAUAUGGAAAUACAUUCCGCUGAGUCUAAAAUUAAGAGCUAUUUCAUCCAGAAAUCCAAGUGUUUGCAAACCUUCUUUGACUGAAAUUAUUUUAAAAAAUGAUGAUAUGUAUCAAGACAAUAUGUUGGAAUUCGGUUCACAAAUGCUUAACGUUCUGAAUUUAUCCGUUUUCAGAAGUGCAAAUUCCAAAAAUGUAGCAGCUGAAGGAGAUACAAAUGUUUUUCGAGCACCCCAAAACAAAGAUGAAGACGAAAAGGACAUAUCGAAUGAAGUAAACAAUGUAAUUCCUCUCUGUAUUGGAAAAGAAAUCCCAAGCAUUAGCAGAAUGAGGAGUAAUAGCAAAUACAGAAUUGGAAUACAUGAAGAGAAAAUUUUAAAGAGUAAAGACAAUUAUGUAGAUGCUCCUAAAAAUAUUUUGAACUCAAAAAAAUUUAUUCCAAAAGAAAUUAAACAAAGUAAUAUAAACAAAAUUAAUUUUCUUAAAAAGGAUUUUGCAAAAAGUAAUGUGAAUGAAAAUGUCACGAAAAGUAAAUAUUUUCUUUCAAAAGUGCAAAAGGAAGAGACGCUAAUGGGUGCAGAAAAAGAACAAACUUCCGAUUUUGAAGAGACAAAAAUAAAUGGAAAAGCAAUAAAACACAAAAGUACACUUGUACAGGGAGAACAAAUUUUAACAAAAAAAAACCUACACAUUGGGAUUAUGAGUUCAGAUGAAUCGAAUUCUUUGAGAUCAACAAAUGAACACACUUCAAAGACAUGCACAUUUAGUAAACCUCAUCCUCAACAAAGAAAGAAUUUAUUGGAAAUCGAAGGGUCUUCGUUAAAGAUGGAAAAUUGCGUUCCUAUUUUAAAGGAAAAAAUAUCUUGUGUAAAAAAUUCAAAAGUAGAGAAGAAAGUUAGUAUUAGUAGCAUUCCAAAGAGUAAUGAAUAUAUUAGUAUAACAAAUGAACAUUUGGAGGAUGAUACAACAAAUGUUAGGGAAGCUAAAAAAAUAUCUCCCACAUUAGGAAUAAAAACUUUUCUAAAAAUGAAAGAACAAAGCAAAAAAAAGUUUAAUAAUUUAUUAAAAAAAAAAAAUUCUAAAGAAAUUUUAUUUAAUUUAAACAAAAUUGGUGGUAUGCAAUUAGAUGAGGUGUUUUCUACUAGAGCUGAAAAUGGCUAUAAACAUGAGGGAAUAACAAUAGGGAAAAUGAAUAAAGUGAACAUACCACAGAGGGAGAAAAGUCCGAAGAAGAGUCUCGAGGGGAACUCUAACACAUACUUAUCCAAUUUGUUUAAUGCAUUCAAUUUCGCGAGAAAUAUGGGGCCAGGAAGAUCAUCAAAUCAAGGGGACACUGACAGUGGUAGUGAAAAUGGAAGUAAACAUGGCAGUCAAAAUGGAAGUAAACAUGGCAGUCAAAAUGGAAGCGAACAUGGCAGUCAAAAUGGAAGUAAACAUGGCAGUCAAAAUGGAAGUAAACAUGGCAGUCAAAAUGGAAGCGAACAUGGCAGUCAAAAUGGAAGCGAACAUGGCAGUCAAAAUGGAAGCGAACAUGGCAGUCAGUUUUAUUCAAGUGGAGGGGAAAGUGCACAAAGGAAAGAGAGAAAAGAUGAAACAAAAAAAAUAAGCCACGUAAAAAAUAAAGAAUUUGCAUCUAUUCGAGAGAACUAUGGGGAAAUGGAAGUUGAUGUAGAGAUCGAUAGAGAAGGAGGUGGAGAAAACAAAAGUAAUAACACAGAGAGUAGACACAGACUAAAAACCGUUAGACGUUUGAGGGAUAGGGAUAGCAGCACUAAUUUAAACGUCUAUUCCAUAAGUAGAAGCUUGAAGGAAUAUUCAAUGAAGAGAGAAUUCUUGAAGACUAACAAAUCCAUUUCUAGUGAACGUGGUUUAAGCGAUGUAGAUAGCGAAACUGCAAGCCAGAGUGGAAGCAAAAUUAAGGAUGAUUUUCAUCUGAACAAAAUAACCAAUCACUUGGACUCAAACAAAACAAAGGAGGAAAUCAGAAUUUCAGAAAAAUCCAAGCACAAGUUCUCCCAAAGCGAGAACAGUGGAAUUCUACAAAAAGUGCUCAAUGCAGAUUUAUCUCAUUUUAAUUAUGAUAACAAAAGAAUGUCCGCCAAUGAAAUUGCAAAACAUAAAAACGCAUCACUUCAUAUAACUCUGAAGAGGAAAGUGUCUUUUUCAUCGUUAAAAAUGAAAAUAGGACCAAAGAGAUGA